AUGAAGCUAAUCAAAGUCGGUGCAGCAGUCCUCAACCAGACUCCGCUCGACUGGUUGGGUAACGAGCGGCGCAUUUUGCGCGCUAUCGAGGCGGCGCGGGAUGAGCGGGUCGGGGUACUGUGCCUGCCUGAGUUGGCCAUCACCGCCCACGGCUGCGAGGACGCCUUCUUGGCACCCGGGAUGCAGGAGACCGCGCUCGAGGUGCUCUUGGAGGUGGCCGAAGAGUGCAAGGACAUGGCGGUGGCGAUCGGUCUGCCGUUGCUAUAUCGCAAAGCGCUAUUCAAUGUCGUCUGUCUAGUGGUCGACGGUCGGAUCGUCGGUUUUACCGCCAAGCGCUAUCUGGCCGGCGACGGUCUGUACUACGAGCCGCGCUGGUUCAAGGCUUGGCCAGAGGGUGAGCAGGGCACCGUCGAGGUCGGCGGCGAGCGUUACCCGAUUGGCGACCUGACCUACGAUUGCGGCGGGGUCCGGAUCGGCUUCGAGAUUUGCGAAGACGCUUGGGUGGCCGAACGUCCGGGUAGCCAGCUGGCGAGCCGUGGAGUCGACCUGAUCCUCAAUCCCAGUGCCAGCCAUUUCGCUUUCGGCAAGGAUCGCAUCCGCCGCCGUUUCGUGCUCGAGGGUUCGCGGGCAUUCGCCGCCGGCUACGUCUACGCCAACAUGCUGGGCAACGAAGCCGGCCGGGCGAUCUUCGACGGCGGCGCGCUGAUCACCUCCGGGGGCCGGAUGCUGGCCGAGGGGGCGCGGUUCUCGUUCGACGAGCUCGAGCUGACUACCGCGGUGAUCGACCUGGAACGCAACCGCAUGCUGCAAAGCCGGGUUGGCAGUUUCCAACCCGACACCGCCGCCGCGCCGGUCGAGAUCAAGGCCGAGUUCGACCUGCCGGACAUCUGGCUGGCCGAGACCGAGGGCGACGACGGCCUAUUGAAGGUUCCGGAGCACGAGAAGGAAGAGGAAUUCACCUACGCCAUCUGCCUCGGUCUGUUCGACUACCUGCGCAAAAGCCGUUCGAAGGGCUUCGUAGUGUCGCUCUCCGGCGGCGCCGAUUCCACCGCGGUGAGUUGUCUGGUGGCGACCAUGAUGCGGUUGGCCGACGGCGAGCUCGGCCGCGAGCGGUUGCUGCGCCGCCUGCGGCACAUCUCGGCCCUCGAGGAGCUGACCGAAGAGGCCGACCCGAAAGAGCUGAUCCACCGCUUGCUGCUGUGCGUCUACCAAACUACCCAACACAGCUCCGAGGAAACCCGCGGUGCAGCCAGAACGGUGGCCGAAGCGCUGGGGGCCGAGUUCGUGGAGCUCGAGAUCGAGUCCUUGGUCCAGACCUACUCCGACUUGAUUUCGACCGCUGUCGGCCACGAGCUGAGCUGGGAAGAGCAUGACUUGGCGAUGCAGAAUAUCCAAGCUCGGGUGCGCUCGCCGAGCGCCUGGAUGUUGGCCAAUCUGCGCGGUGCUUUGCUCUUGGCGACCAGCAACCGUUCGGAAGCAGCGGUGGGCUACGCCACCAUGGACGGUGACACCAGCGGUGGUUUGAGCCCCAUCGGCGGUAUCGACAAAGCCUUUCUGCGCCGGUGGUUGGUCUGGAUGGAAGAGCACGGCCCCCAAGGGCUGGCACCGAUCCCCGCACUCGGUGCCGUCAACUCACUCGAACCCACCGCCGAGUUGCGGCCCGCCGACGCCGGCCAGACCGACGAAGAGGAUCUGAUGCCCUACGAACUGCUCGAUGCCAUCGAACGCGCGGCGAUCCGUGACAAGCGGAUGCCGGUCGAGGUCUACCGGGUCAUGCGGGCCCGGUUUCCGCGCCUCGACCGCGAGCAGCUCGCCGAGUGGGUAGAGCGUUUCUUCCGCCUGUGGUGUCGCAACCAGUGGAAGCGAGAGCGCUACGCGCCCUCCUUCCACGUCGACGAUCAAAACCUCGACCCCAAGACUUGGUGUCGCUUCCCGAUCCUCUCCGGCGGCUUCGAGCGCGAGCUCAUGGAGCUCAGCGCCUACGUCGCGUCGGAGGGGUAG